AUUUUAACUCGUAAAAGUUACCUCGUUGAGCGUGCAAGAAAUUAAAACAACUAAAGUUCUCUCUUCUUCUCCGUCGUGAAGCCCAGCGCCGCCUCCAGCUUCGCGUCUUCAGUCCGCUAACCGCCCAGACCAAGGCGCCGCCGACCAGAUCUGUACCGCUAGCUGUCGUUCACAAAAUCCUCCGAUUACAAUUCCAGCUUCUGCUACGAUUACACCUACAAUCUUGGAGUUUCAGCUACGAUUACUCCUAUUUAUUAACCUAAAAUACAUGCUACAUCUCAUAAAUGGCUGGCAAAGCUCAAAUUCCUACCAAGAAUUCAGCGCUUAUUUCUAUGAUUGCUGAUGAGGAUACGGUUGUUGGAUUUCUUCUUGCUGGAGUUGGUAAUGUUGACCUGCGAAGAAAAACUAAUUACCUUAUAGUGGACUCGAAGACGACUGUUAAACAAAUUGAAGACGCUUUCAAAGAGUUCACUACAAGGGAGGAUAUUGCAAUAGUGAUGAUUAGUCAAUAUGUUGCAAACAUGAUCAGGUUUCUGGUAGAUAGCUAUAACAAGCCAAUUCCUGCAAUAUUGGAGAUUCCUUCCAAGGAUCAUCCAUACGAUCCUGCUCAUGAUUCUGUUCUUUCCCGAGUAAAGAACCUGUUUUCUACCGAAUCAGUGGCAUCUGGGAGGUAUUAAAAUGAUAUUGUAACUUUUGUCCCAACUCUUUAUGAAGUCAUCCACCUUUAUUCAAACAUGCUGCAUUUUGCGUUCUCCGCUUUAUGCCUUGAAUUUUAUUUUGCAAUGCUUCUAUUCAUAUCGAUCAAUCGAAUAAAACUCGGAAAAUACAUGGCGUCAGAGGAGCUCGUGGUGUCCAAGCACCUUAGAAUGCCAUUUUUUUUUUUAUUGUACCUUAAUUCCUAUAUUUGAAACAGCAACUUGUCUACGUAUAUCUUGUUCUCUUGGUGCAUGUAUGCCAAAAACCAAACACUGUUGUAAUUACUCUUCUAUUUGAGGCUACUUUUGGAGAUUGAAGAAGUACUUGUUCUUAUUGCCUUCUUGAA